AUGCGCCCUACGGAGGAUGAAGCUAGCGCUGCUCCCACUCCGCCCAAGAAGGUGCGCUUGGCGUGUGUGCGAUGCAGAGCCAAGCGGGUCAAGUGCGACGGUGGAAUCCCAGCCUGCUCCAACUGUGCUCGUGCCGGUGUGUCUUGCGUGGAUGUUGAUUGUCGAAAUAAUGAUCGCUCUAUCCCUCGCGACUAUGCGGCCCGGUGUGUUGCCCGCAUCCAGUGGUUGGAGCAACAGAUCAAAUCGCUUGACGCGGGGUUUGAUCUGACUCAGGGGCCACAGCUCGAGUCUCUUGCUUUCCCCCUCGCCAUUCCAGAACCUCUGCCACAGAGUACACAAGAACAGUCUACAGCUUCAACUCGAAAGCGAGGACAUUCAGUGAUGCAUCGCCCUGAUUCAGAUCGCAGCUCUGACGCUCCACCGGCUGUAGAGGCACGCUCGGUUGCCAUGGAUUUGGGAAUGCUCUCACUUCAUUCUGAUUCUCGCCAAAAGCAUUAUCUAGGCUCUUCAUCAGGGCUGUUCUUCACCAACCUCAUUGGUGCCGACAGCGAGGCGCUCUCUACCGCGAGCCCGGUUUCGACUGGCACUGUUUCCCAAAUCAACCGCACACUUCCCAGCGAACGGCAAGCUGGUAAAGGCCCAUCGCCAGAGACAUACCGCUUGCUCUACCGAAAACUAUCCAAGGAACUUCCUUCUACCGAAGAGGCCAACACGUUGCUCAAUAUCUACCUCCAGGAAAUACAUAUUGAUCACCCGUUUCUUCACCCAACAUCUCUUUUCAACGCAUAUAAUGCGCUUCGUUUCUGUGAAGAACGUGGUUACGACAAUGUAGAUCACAACGGAUGGCCCAAGGAUAUGACGCCAUUCCCUUACAAUGGACGGUAUGACAGAACUGGGGACAUGGACGCUACUCCAAUCUCCAUCUUCACCGCUGUGUUGCAUGUGUUUAUGGCAUUCUCCCUCGCUGCUACGCUUCUGACGCGAACCAAAAAUUUUGAGUUCUCUCCAGCACGUUUCUACAAAGUCGCAGCUAGUGCGGCCUCGGAGUGCUUGUCAAGUAUAUCAGUACCUUCACUACAAAGCGUUUUGCUUUUCACGGUGCAAGGUAUGAUCGCGCCCACCAACCUCAACAUAUGGACAUUGGUUUAUGUGGCCAUGUCUCAUUGCAUUGAUCUGGGCCUCCAUCGAGAGCCAAGGAAUCCUACCGAGUCGUCCCCGGAGUCUCUUCUCGUGAGGAGGUUUAUAUUUUACACAGUUUAUAAUCUGGACCGGUCAAUUUCAACUAUACAGGGGCGCCCGCUCGGUAUUCGUGACGAAACCUUCGACAUUCGGAUGCCAGAAGUUGCCGAUCUUUCCGCUGAAGAGCCAAUCCAGAUGCCAGCUGGCCUGGCCGGCUCCGGGUGGGAUCGCCGGUUGCCGGAUGAUCUGAGAGUAACCAUCCAUCGCUUCAAACUGGAUCGAUACAUAUCAGAAAUCAAGAUGUUGUUCUAUCAUCUUCCGACCGGUGGAGGGAUAUUUAACUGGCCAACCGAUCCCUUAGCAGAACAGCUGCGCAUCAAGUCUGCCCUUGACACCUGGCUCGCGGAGCUCAAGCACAUUUGCCCUUCACCAGAUAUGCCAGGAGAAGAGACGACUCCCCGGUCACGUCGCAUACGACUCAAACUAGAAGUCUUAUAUCAUGGUGCUCUGGCUCUUUUGUAUCAACCAUCGCAAGCGUGCCCAUCACCACCACGUUCUGCACUUCUCCAAUGUUAUCGCUGUUCGAGUGAGCGGAUUCGCAUAUACAACCAUCUAAACAAUGACGAAAACCUAUACUAUAAUUGGCGAAAUAUCCAUGGUAUUUUCUCGUCCGGGGCAAGUAUUGUAUACUGCUUUUGGGCCUCGCCUGAAAUACAGUCGAUGAUUCCUUUUACUGAGGCGCUCCGCGAUCUUCGAGUUUGUUCGAACCUUCUCAGUAUCGGAGGACAAUGGUGGCCCUCAGUGCGCAAUGGAAAAGACAACUUUGAUAGGAUUGUGGAUUUGACAAUCAAGCGCUUGAGCUAUUUGCAUAAUGCUGACCACCCUUCAAAACGGCGGCGGCCACAACUUGAGACCGACGCCGACCGUGAGCGACAGCUCCGUGCGGGAGAACCAGAUGCUUCCGCACUGGAACUUGAACCGGCCCCGAUGUCCUUUGCAGUGGAUGCUUCCCAAUUAUCGAGACAGGAUAUUGUCACACAACAAGAUGAUCCCGGUGCCAUACCUGUGGUCGAAGACACGUACCUACUAGCAUCUAACAUAUUUCCAUAUGAUGCCGGGCUAAAUUCGGAUCUCGAUGGAACAACUCCCGUGGAAUCUGUUAUGGAGAACUUCUUUGCAGAGUACCUGCACGGUGAUUGGAGCUGGGAUCCAUUCUCAGCCUCCCUCGACACUUCAAUUCCGUGA